AAGUACUGCCUGUCAGACAGUGUCCUGUGUUACUCACAGUCUCUUUCUCUCACCUUCCCGCAACCAUCGUCGCUCUCGCCCUUCAGCGAUGUAUCUACUUUCUUUUCUUCUGGCUUUACCUUUGCUCUCACUUGCGCAGUCAUCGCAGAGUGUUCAGCUCUCAACUUCCACCAUAGUGGAAGAGACUCUCGGCUCGAAUCGCCAAACUAGCACAGUAACACAGAUCACAGUUUUUACUAUCACUCCCGCUCCCACAGCGUCCGGUACAGUUUCUGCCUCUGGCAACUCUUCUUCAGCAAUAACUAGCGGUACCAACAACGGGACCACCACAUCAAUCGCCUCUAGCAAUCUACCCACUGCAGCGUCUACCAUUGCUGGAGCAGAUGGCGGUCCCAACGGUGCCCCCAGUCCAGGAGCAUCAGCGUCAGGUGGAAUAUACGGCCCUCCAGAUGGCUAUAUUGCAGGCGCACAGGCUUUGCGCAGUGCAAACAUUCUCGGAGCUGUCGUCUUUCUCGCCGGAGGAGCAUUGGUUUUGCUUUAGAGGAUAAAACAGUUUCAAAACUGCACACUGUUCGUAUGUUUAUAUAUCCGUAUGAUGUGACCCUGGCACACUGCCAAACAUACUUAGGAUAUUCCGUCUAGCUCUCUUCAAGCUCUCUUUAUUGAACAUGGACAAACCAGCUUGCUUUUAGGAUUUGCUAAUGGAACUGUACUUUUGCAUAUAUCGCAUAUAUCCUCGCAUGCCUACCGUUCAUUGACACUAUUAUAUCUGGACUGUCUUGGACCGAGUACAGUACUAGCAUACUGUAAUGAGACCUGGUCUUCUGACUAAUUCUAGACGGGACGAUUAUAUGCUGCCGAAAUCGAGUUACGUAUCAGUAUGCUCUCUGCUCACUGGG